CAAAAUGGGAGGGGCAAGAGAGGAGCGGUCGGCGUACAAAGGGUAGGUGCGACGAGGUACACGCGUCGCGGGGUAGGCGGACGAGAGAGGAAGGCGAGAGGAAUUCCAAGAGGAAAGAACGGGUUACAUAAUUGGCGUAACGUCGCGAGGCGUCGCGGUCUCGCGGGCAGGAAGUCCGUCGGAGGCUAGGGCCGGCUGGUAGAGCGCGUCGGGACGAAAUCGAGGAGGUUGGAUGUGUCGUAGGCGUGCGGUAGAGAGGAUGCAAAAGAAAGAGGGGCGGCGGCGGUUGAUACGAUCGUUCCUCCAGGGUGACGGGUCUCUCAACGCGUCCGAUGCCGAUGAUCGAUUUCCCUCGCGCGAUGGAACGAAGCCGAACGUGACGAACAAAUCAAUGAUAUGUGGAAGAGAGGACCACGAUGACCGACCGGCUGCCAAAACGAAGUUCUCGACCUUGUCGCGCUUCCUCUCUUCUAAUAAUGUACUCUUGAACACGGGCGCAGUAGCCACGUCUCAUUCACUAGACCCGUACUAUUUAUAAAAGUAAACCACGCAGUUGA